AGUGAUACUGUGACGCAGGCAGGUGAAUACAGUCCUAGAUUUGAGCUUUGCUCUUACCGAACAAUUUUCUCUCACAAAAGCUAAACCUGAAAGGAAUACAUUUUAGAGUUUGUGGGACAGGUUCCAGCGCUCUGCCUGACUUUCAGACUAAGGGCCCACGCUUCCCCUCCAGAAUGUUCUCUGUUUGGAAAGUGUCUUGCAGGUAGCGCUCAAUCAAAGUGGGCUGUGGUGUGGAGAUGGUCACUGUGACAGCCUUGCUGGCAAUCUGCAUAUGGAUACAAGCGCAAACUGCCUCGGGACAGCAAACCUGUCCCUUGAAUCACCGUCCGGCGAUUCAAGGGACAGUGGAUUUCAGUGUGAAAUACUCUCUGCCGUACUUCCAAACAAACAAACCCAUACAGAACAUUGUGGUGAACCAGCAUUCAGAGUCAACAGAAGUGUAUCUUGGAUGCCAGAAUGCCAUAGUUGCGGUUAACGAUUCUAUGAGAAAAAAAUGGGAGUUGAAAACGGGACCCAUUGGCAGUUCAGACUGUGAAACCUGUCUGGUGUGUGACAUAGAAACCGAGCCGGAAGGCCCAGUGGACACAGACAACGAGGUUCUUGUUUUGGAUCCUUUUCCAUUCAUGUUUCCAUACUUGUACAUUUGUGGAAACACACAACAUGGUAUCUGUUAUUUUAUUGACUUCAGUUCUCCACAACCUGAACCCAAAUGCUUGCACAAAAAAGAGCAGAACUCUCCUACUGACUGCCCUGACUGUAUAGCAAGCCCUCUUGGCACCAAAGUCAUCGCCGUCGACGAUGGACAUACAACAUUAUUCUUCGUAGCAGCUUCCGUUAAUGACAAAGUGGUGCAGAGAUAUCCACGGAGGUCAAUUUCAGUAUUGAGGGCACUUUCAACUGAAGAUGGCUUCCAUAAGGUCAUGGAUGGGCUGACCGUGUUGCCCAAUCUACGCAACUCUUACAACAUUGACUACAUUUACAGUUUUUCCACCAAAGACUUUGUCUACUUUCUGUCCGUGCAGAGAGAAAAUCCUUUCAGGAACAACUCGCCCUUUCAGACUCGUUUGGGACGGUUGCCUAUUUCAACCCCAGAAGUGUGGAUGUACAGAGAGGUGGUGCUGGAGUGCCGGUUCGAACCAAAACGCAGGAAAAGAAGCGUCUUCAAGGACGUUGUAUAUAACGGGUUGCAGGCCGCCCAUUUGGGACAUGCAGGGAAGGACUUGGCUGAAGAGCUGAGGGUCAGCAUGACGGAUGACAUCUUGUACGGGGUGUUCGCAGUUGUUAACGAGCAAGGUGAACGUCAGAGAACCUCAGCCUUGUGCGCCUUUCCUGUGAGUAAAGUCAACGACGCAAUUGACCGUGGCGUGGAGGCAUGCUGUAGCUCAAGCACGGAGCAGCUGUCCAGAGGCCUCUGCCACUUCCAGACGUGUGAGAGCUGUCCCCAUGAAAGCUCUGGAGGGAAUCACACAUGCCGUCAGAAGGCCACGCUGGUCUCAAAGCCGCACUACAGACUGGACAUCUUCAACAGCGCGAUGAGAGACGUCCUGUUCACGUCUGUUUUGGUCAGCACCAUAGGAAAUAAUACCAUCGGGCACUUUGGCACCUCAGACGGCAGGAUACUGCAGGUGAUUCUCACACUGCACAAGCCAAUAGUUUUUGCCAACUAUUCCCUGGGGGAGGUUGGAGUUCUCAAGACAGCAGCCGUGUACUCAGAAGAUUCCCUUGUCUUUGCUGCUGGAAAUAAGAUGUUCAAGGUGCCAUCGGCAGGACCGGGGUGUGAACAUUUUCUGACAUGCCCCAGGUGCUUGACGGCUCCAGACUUCAUGAACUGCGGCUGGUGUUCUGGAAAGUGCUCCAGGAAGCCCAAGUGUACCUCAGUCUGGAGCAAAGACUCAUGUGCACCUAUUAUAACGGAGUUUUUCCCUAAAACGGCUCCUGCUGGAGGGGAGACAGAGGUGACACUGUGUGGGUCAGAGUUUCAGUCCGCUCGGCGACCCGCCAUCAUCAGCGGGAAAACACAUACCAUCAGAGUUGACUCUGGGACCGUGUGUGCUGUCCUGCCUACAAGAAGCAGCGAUGCAAAGUUGGUUUGCAAGAUUAAUGAAAAAGUACCAAACCAACGCCUGAACAUCACCCUGGAAAUACAUGAGGGAGAGGUAGAGGGUGACUACUCCAUUGAGGGCAUGGCCCAGAUGUCUGGCUUCUCUGUUGUGGAGCCCAGUAUAACAGACAUCAAACCCAAGCAUGGCCCCAAGUUUGGAGGAACAACAGUUACACUCCAAGGCAAACAUCUCUACUCUGGGACCAACCGAGUGGUUUUGUUCGCAAACACAGAAUGCACAUUGAUUUCAAGUGAACCUAAGGAAACAGGAAGUUUGUCUUCAGUAAUCUGCAAAACAAAACCUGCCGAAAACAUUGGGGAAGUGCCGGUGAAAGUCUUAAUUGACAACCUUGAAGUGACAACGGAUAAAAGGUUUUCCUUUAAGGAAGAUCCCGUCAUAGACUCUGUCGAUCCUCACUGCAGUUUCCGAAGCGGGUCCAAGCUGGUUAUAAAGGGUCGCAAUCUGGAUUCAGGUCACAGAGUUGAGCUUCGGUAUAAAUCUGGUGUGACUACAUUUUCAAAAGUCUGCAACAGAUUAGGAAACUCCACACACUUGGAGUGCUGGACUCCGGCCUUCUCAGCUGACAUGCCGGACGAAAAAUCUAACAAUGGAACGAUUUCUAUUGAGAUAGAUGGAAACGAUCUCUAUGAGAGACAGUUUAUCUACCAUGCAGACGCCGAAGUCCUGCCAUUUGAAAAUGAAGGCAACAUUUUACAUCUAAAACAUGGAGGCAAUGAAGUUUCACUGCAUCACAACAAGCUACAAUCAGUGGAGAAAUGCAUGAAAAUAGCAAUGAGCAUCGGCAAUGAGCUCUGCAGCCAUAAAAUUCUACAAAAUGAAAUAACCUGCAGGAUUCCUAAAGACCUGAAUGUCCCCAGUGAGGGAUUGCCAGUUACGGUGUCUGUGAAUGGAGAAGAUCAUCAUGUGGGCAGAGUUGUCUAUGACAUAACCAACAACGACCCCGUGAUUGCAGGCAUUGUGCUUGGCAUUAUUGCGGCACUGGUCGUUGGUGCGGGCCUUGCAUUGUUUGUGAUGAGGCAUCUGAGAAAAAAAGAGAGAGGUUUCUUUGCAGUCAACAUAGAACAUCGUUUAUCGACAAUUUCCCGAAAUCGGAUCAGCCUGGCUGACACGUCUCCGACAACAGACUACAGACAUGGUCCCCUGUUGAGUCAGACGUCAGGCUCAGGAGCAAUGGCCUUCCAAGGUUUAAUGUACGCCUCCAGCUACGAUCAUCUGGCGGUCCCUUUAAUACCAAGGGACAGCAUCUCUAUGGUCAACUCAAACCCUCAACUGAUUGAAGAAGUUAAAGAUGUGCUGAUUCCUUGCGAGAUGCUCAGAAUUGAGGAGGGACAAGUUAUUGGAAAAGGACACUUUGGGAUCGUUUAUCAUGGAUACCUAAUAGAUAGCAAUAAGCAAGAGACUCAUUGUGCUGUUAAGUCAUUAAACAGAAUCACCGAGUUGGGUGAAGUGGACCAGUUCCUCAAAGAGGGAAUCAUCAUGAAGGAGUUCCACCACCCCAACAUACUGUCUCUGCUGGGCAUCAUGCUGCCCAAGGAAGGACUUCCUCUGGUGGUUCUGCCAUACAUGAAACAUGGAGAUUUGCGUCAUUUCAUCCGAUCUGAGCAACGGAACCCAACGGUGAAAGAUCUGAUUGGGUUCGGACUUCAGGUCGCCAGGGGAAUGGAGUACUUAGCACAAAAAAAGUUUGUUCACAGAGACCUGGCUGCAAGGAACUGCAUGCUGGAUGAAAAUUUCACAGUAAAAGUAGCCGACUUCGGCAUGGCGAGGGAUGUGUAUGACAAGGAGUACUACAGCAUUCAGAAUCACAAAAAGGCAAAGCUGCCGGUGAAGUGGAUGGCAAUCGAAAGCCUGCAGACACAGAAGUUCACAACAAAGUCAGAUGUGUGGUCGUACGGCAUCUUAAUGUGGGAGCUGAUAACCAGAGGAGCCAGCCCAUAUCCAGAUGUGGACCCCUAUGACAUCACACACUACUUGUUGAAGGGACGAAGACUUCCACAGCCACAGUAUUGCCCGGAUACUCUUUACUCCAUCAUGCUGGCUUGCUGGGACCCAGAACCUGACUGCAGACCCAGUUUCCACAGCUUGGUUGCAGAAGUGGACCAGAUCCUGUCCUGCCUGGAAGGAGAACACUACAUCAACCUGAAGGUUACUUACAUCAACUUGGAUGAACCAAGGCCGUACCCCCCACUAAGUUGUUCUGGUGAUGAGGCCGAGGCCUCAGACUUGGACUCGGAUGACCCCUCAGACAGCUGAGGUUGCAGCGAUGCAAGACUCCCUGAAAUCCCAUGGAAGGAUGAGAGACUCCAGAUCGCAGAGAGGAACUUCUUUUUUGUACGGAAAACAGUUGUUUUAAUAAACUGUUGGUUAUUUUCAGACCUUUCACUACUGAUAUUUGAAAGAGUAUGUUGUAACAGGAGAUCAUGACACGGCCAGUUUCUCAUCAUUCCGAUGAAGCAGGAUAGGGAGAGAAAAAAAACUGAAACAAUUUUUUUUCAGCACUGGUACCAAUGAGACAAAAUGAAUGUAAGAACGUCUUUACUUAAUUAUAUGUUUCUCAGAACAUUAUUGUUAUUGAUAACUGAUUAAUGCCCACAGGUCAGCAGGAUUCUUUUUUUUUAUGGCCCCAAGUGUUCUUAUAUUACAUGGAUAUAUUGUGAAAUAUACUUUGCAGCUUCAAAGCAUGGAUCGGAUUAAUGUAUGCAGAAGCAAUACAAUAAAGCCGCAGGUGCCGGACCACAGAGAGCUCAUCUUGCUUUUCAGGAACUCAUCUCAUACCCAUAUUUAUCACUAGAGGGCAACCGAGGCCUCAAUCUAUGGAGACCUGUUCUGCAGCAAGGCUUUGGCAGUGCGGUAAAACAUCUCCAAACAGAGCUGCUGCACAAACAGUACAGCAGGAUUUAUCUGGACUUGAACAGACAAUAUAAUCAAAUUCAGUCCUUCAGUUAAAUCAAAAUGACACAGCAGGCGGUGCGACACAUUGUAUUCCGAUUAUUUGAUUAGUGAAUGUAAAACUGCAUGUACACAAUCUUUAGUAAAAUAAGGAAAUUACACAUUAAAA